AAACGAAAGAAACUUGCUGAAAUAGAUGAAAAUCAGCCUGAAGAACAGCUAAAAUUUAUUGAUAUUAAUUAUUUGAAUGAUAUUCUUACGAGGCUUAUGGAUAAUGUAUCUGUAAAUGGUCUUGAAUUUCACUUCUGUUAUCAAAUGCCUCCUGAUUAG